CGUCUGGGUGGGCGGGUCUUCAAGCGAAUCUUACAAAAUGGCGACUGUUGUUGUUUUGCCGCAGGGUCAGUGAAUAUCAGCGUUUUUCCGCUUUAAAAAUUUGCAAUCACUUGCAGAAUUGCAGCCGUUAAGCCCCAGGCGUACCAAAGGUCGUCUCUGAGUGGACUGAAAUGAAAGGUAAAGAGCGGUCGCCACUGAAAAAACGCUCCCGGGCCUUGGACGACAUUCGAGACCGAGGAGGAUGCCACCCGAGCAGUAAGAAAAUGGGCUCUCUUUCCGCUUCGGGUGGAAGUAAUAAUGGAAAUAGCUCCGGUAAAAGCGACUCGACGAGGAGGAGCCUGCUCGGCGAGAAAAGGGACAGAGACUUCGACGGACACAGUCGGACUGGUAAUAACCACAAUUGUCAGCCCGGUGCCGUCAGCAAAAACCACAGCCUGAGCUUGUCGCUGGACUUAGCCGCGGCGAGGAGCACGUCUCGCGGGGAGCAGCGGCUCCAAGCGCCCGGUGUGGAGAGUGAGUACAAAACCCUCAAAAUCAGCGACCUCGGCACUCAGCUGAGCGACGAAGAUGUAGAAGACGGACUUUUUCACGAAUUUAAGAAAUAUGGGGACGUGAGCGUCAAGCUGAGCCGCAACAACGACGAACGGAUAGCCUUCGUGAACUUUAGAAAGCCGGAGGACGCCCGGGCUGCCAAACACGCCAGGGGGCGGCUGGUUCUCUACGACCGGCCGCUCAAAAUCGAAGCAGUGUACAUCAACCGGAGGAAAAGUCGUUCCCCGGUCGAGAGGGACUUGUACGGCGCGGCGCCGAGCCACAGACACUUGCAGAGGCCCCUCUCGCCUACCGGCCUCGGAUACCGAGAUUACCGACUACAGCAACUGGCCCUCGGACGUUUGCCCCCUCCUCCGCCGCCCCCCUUGCCCAGAGAACUGGACCGGGAACGGGAGUUUGCCCUGUUUGAGGCCAGAGCUCGCCCUGCGUUUAUUGCAGAGCGAGCGUCCUUCCGUGAGGAGGAUUUUCUUUCACCAGAGGUCGACCAAAGAGCUAAUCGGACUUUGUUUUUGGGCAACCUGGACACGUCUAUUACAGAGACGGACCUGCGAAGAGCGUUUGACAUGUUCGGUGUCAUAACAGGGGUGGACAUCAAAAGACCCAACAGGGGUCAAACCAGCACGUACGGCUUUUUGAAAUUUGAGAACCUCGACAUGGCUCACCGUGCCAAGGUGAGCAUGUCUGGGAAAAUAGUGGGCCACAACACCAUUAAGAUUGGCUAUGGCAAGGCCACGCCCACUACACGCCUGUGGGUGGGUGGACUUGGGCCAUGGGUCCCCUUGGAUGCCCUUGCGAGAGAGUUUGAUCGCUUCGGCACAAUCAGGACCAUAGACUACAGGAAAGGGGACACCUGGGCCUACAUUCAGUAUGAAAGCUUGGAUGCCGCACAGGCAGCGUGCACACACAUGCGCGGAUUCCCUCUCGGCGGCCCAGAACGAAGACUUCGUGUUGACUUUGCUGACACAGAGCAUCGUUACCAACAACAGUUCCUGCAGCCUCUCCCGAUACCUCCUUUUGACAUGGUGGCAGAGUCGUUUGUCCACCGCGCCACGCCAGAACCUCUGAGGGUCAGAGAUCGGACUCCCCCGGCGAUACACUUUAGAGACAGAGAGCUCUUCCCUGGUGGAGAAUGGCCCAGCCCGUCUAUUCGUGAGCGGGUACGCCCCCCCCCCUUUGACCCCUUGGAGCACUUGGAACGUGAUCGACGGGUGCGAGAACACUGGUCUUUGGAGCGAGAGCUGCAGGGGCGGGAGCCUCCUCGCAAGCGGCGCUUAUUGGAAGACGGGCGCCAUCUCGAUCACUCCCCUGAAAACUCAGAAAGGACAGUAAGACGUCGGCGCGCCUCCCCGGACGGUAGCCCUGGGGAGAGCAGCAGAGACGGACGCUUCAGCGACUCGGAGCGCCCUGUGCGUGGUGACAGACCCUCCCCUGUACGGGACCGCCACAGCAGCCUUGAGCGAGGCGGAACUGAACGCAGACUCAAAAGCCUCUCUGACAAGGCGCCGUCGAGCAGCAACAUUUCAGCAGCCGGAGAACGUAAACGCAAAACAGUUGACGGCAGCAAAGGCCCGGCGAAGAGAGAUCGCUCAGAGAGCUCUUCGAAAAGCGGACAUCAGUCCAAAUCAGACGGCAGCAAGCUGAGUUUGGCCUGGCACGGAAUGCUCCUCCUUAAGAACAGUAACUUUCCAGCCAACAUGCACCUGCUGCAAGGCGAUCACAGCGUUGCCAGCGACCUGCUAAUGGACGGGACCACGGGCAAGCAGGUGUGCGAACUAAAGAUCACCCAGCGUCUCCGCCUGGACCAGCCCAAGCUCGACGAGGUUUCCCGACGCAUCAAAGUAGCCGGGCCGGGCGGCUACGCUAUCCUCAUGGCACUUCCUGGCAGCACAGAGGAUUCGACGUCUGACACCGCCGUCUCAACUCAGCGGCCGCUUCGCAACUUGGUGUCCUACCUCAACCAAAAACAAGCGGCAGGAGUCAUCAGCCUGCCCGUGGGAGGGAGCCGUGAUAAAGACGCCACAGGGGUUCUUCAUGCUUUCCCUCCCUGUGAUUUCUCCCAGCAGUUUCUUGAUACCUCUGCUAAAGCUUUGGCCAAAAGUGAAGAAGACUACCUGGUCAUGAUUGUGGUGCGAGGAGCAUCUUAAAUCAGAGCAAAACACACUAAGUCAAAGAGUGUUAAAAAAAACAACAACAAACAACUGCUGUAUGUCAGUAACCAUUGCAUGCUGUGUGUUUUACAUUAUGGGCUACACUAGUAUGGUUCUUGAACGUAGUAUGUUGUCAGGGUAACAGCUAAAACAACAAACACUUGCCUUUCUGCUACCAAACAAAAAGGAUGUGUGUGCAUUUUGAAUUUUGGUAGGCAUGUAUCAUACCUCAAAGUCCAAAAUAACACAGUGAUUAAUUUAAAAAUAUUUUUAAAUGGGUAGCAUUUGGUGAUUAAAAUAACCAGAUAAUGUAACAAAUAGUAUUUAUCCCCAUCUAAAGCAAUUAAAUAAAUGGACACAAUAACAUUUCUAAUAAAGCAAAAAAUGUGAACAACACAAAUGGAGGUUCACAUUGAAAAGUGUUAAGUUGGCAUAUUCUCAACAGUGUUCAGUUAUUUUGACCCGCAGCUCACAUUUUGUUAUUGUGUCUACACGUGAAAGGGACUUUAUCAUUGUUGCUCCACACUGAUGGACGUGUGCAUGUUCUAUACUUCAAAGUUCCAUGUCCAACCAAAUACAGUUCAUCAUUUGGUAAAGUGUUUUAACAAAGCACCUAACUUGGUUCCAAGUUCAAACAUGCCACAACUCCCCUCAACAAAUGUCCUUUAUUAACAGUUAACGCUUACAUUUAUUUUUAAUAAGCAGAAGGGCGCAGAGUUGGGACAUGUUUGAGCUUCCUGUUUGUAAUGUGAGGGUCUUUCUAGUUCCAACUAUACAGCUCUUAUAUGUUUCAGCUACGUUGUAAACUUAACUGGUGUUGGAGUCCAUUCAAGGUCUGGUACACAUUUUUAAUGUGCAAUUUCAAUGUUUCAAAGUCAAUUGUGGCAGGUACUGUAAAUGGACUGGUCAAAACGAUAUGCACUAUCUAAAAAUGUUUCAGCAUUUAGGAAAUAUUGCCAGGUAUUAUGAUUGACACAGAUAAGUCUUCAGUUUGUCAUUGCACUGGUUUCAAACUGCACUGCAUUAUAAAUAAAAACAAAGAUGGGCAAUGAUUAAAAAACAUCUUAACAGGAUGCAGUGCAGUUAGACACCGCUUCCCAACUACAGGGUAGUGUUCAUUUUUUUGACUAAAAAUGUUCGUCUUGAUUAUCAUCAACAACCUUUUCCCCCCUGACUAAAACGGGCCUUAUGAAUUGGGUUUGUGAGAAGCUCUGCAAUAACCUUAAAGUGGUUUCAAGACAACUCCAAAGAUGCGUAUACUUUGUAUUUUAGUCGACAAAAUUGACUAAAAUGUUGAGGAAUUUAAUCAAACAAAACUACAUCAAUAUAGAUGAAUAAAAAUCACUGAAAGUAAAAACUAAAUUUUCUAAAGGCUGUGACUAAAACUGCUAAAUUAACACUGUUGAAGAUAACUAAGACGAACAUUUUUAGUCAACAAUUUUAACACCGCUACAAUGUAGUUUAAUAAUUCAUGACCAUACAAAAUUUUUGUAUAUUGGUGGUUUUCUUAGAUUGUACACGUGGUCCCACUUUACUUUAGAAAUUUACAACAACAGAACAUGGUGAUGAUGCAAAUACUGACCUGUUUUCACAUCAUGCUUUAUUUUGUGCAUCCCCCACCUUUUUUUUUUUUUUAUAGAAAUGGCUUUCAUGUGUAAUCUAUAAACAUUUACAGUAGACAUGGAUAAAACAAACAGAAAAAAAAUUAAUCGUACAUUUGUUUCGAUAUUUGACUAAGAGUGUUUGAUUUAUUGCUCUGAAAGUUUAAAAGGUCCUUAAGAAGAAUUCAAAAUCAGUAUCAGAAAGUUCCAAACCGGAUGUGUGUUCAGUUAGUAGGUCUGUGUCAUAUUAAUAUUUUUACUACCUAAUGCUAAAAUCAGCUUUUUUUAUUUUUAUUUUGAAGUCUAAACGUUAUGUUUGAUUUCAGCCAAGGCCUACUCACUGAAUUCCGAUGACAGCAUUGUUGUAUGUGUGACGUCAUCACUUUGUCAACAUGCGAGGACUUGAUGUUUGCUCACACUUUGUGACGACGACAUGGUGGUGAGUCCACACCGUUGCGGCGGCUUCAUUUGAGCUGUGUUUGAAAAGUGGGCAAAUUGUACACGUUGAUGUCACGCGGGAAAAAGGAAAGCCCCUGUGACGAGCUGUUCACGUACCUGCAAGUGCAUCUGAGCACUUAAUGUGACCGAUUAUCAAUAAAUUGUUCAUUUGAAGGGAAACCUGUUUCUUCGAUGGAAGUCAAUUGGAGAAACAAAAAAACGGCCGUGCCUUGUUGUGUUUCCCAGGAGUCGCGAAUCGUUGUUGACCCGCAGGGGGGGAAAGAAGGGAGACGACUUCCUGUUUGUUAGUUGCAGCGAGGAGACAAGACCCCUCUUUGCACUGAGGGCCACACUUCACACGUGACACGCGGAGGAGCCCCGCCUCCUUUCUUUCUUGUGGCAGGAGGAGAACCUUGUCCCCUUCUGUGGGUGGUUGUCACGGGUGUGGGUCCAGGAAGUCCACACGUGGCACCUCUGAAGUAUCCAAGUGUUAUAGGAAUAUUUACCUCCGCUGACAAAGAAGCUCUUGUCAUCCAUUCUCAUCCGAGUUUCUGCAUGGAGGUCAAAUAUGAGCAAGCCCCUUUUUUUGGGAGGAAUCCACAUCGAGGACACCUCCUUGCUCGGAGGAGUUUGCUCUGCAAGCACACUUUUUUAUGUUUAUGCAGCAAGUACCUUCCCCCCAAUCCAACAUUUCCCAUCGCCAUCCAUCUUAGUAGAAUUAAUGUGCCGAGGAGGGGGCCGGUCUUGAGGAGCGUGGAGCACCACAGCUUGCAGUCAGACAACACAACACUCCACUUCCACGCCGCCACUUGGCACCAGGAGUCGAACCAGCGGAGGGGUGAGUAAGGAGGACGACGCUGCCUGCUAGCUUUGUAUCACUAGACCGGGCAGCUGUGGUGAGUAUGACUGCGAUGCAUCAAUGGAUGGUCAUUUUGCAUAAAACACAAUUCUCUUCCUGCUUUCAAAGUACACAGGCUAGUAUUAGAACCUGCACAAUCUAAUUAGAUUCACACUAUAGUGCCCAGGUUCACAAUAUUGUGUAAUUUGCAGUGGGGUAGGUUUUUGAUGCAUCAUACAACUGUUUUGUGUUGCACAAAGCACUCAUAAAGCAUGCCACUAGAUAGAUAGAUAGAUAGCACUUUAUUGAUUCCUUCAGGAGACUUCUGUCAGGAAAAUUUAAAUUCCAGCAGCAGUGUACAAAAUUGUGGUCGAAUUUAAAAAGUAAAUAAUGGGUAUUAAAUGGAAACAAAAUACAAAACUAUUACAAUAAGAAUACAAUAAAAAAUCAACAAUGACAAUAAAGAAUAACAGUAAAAUAAGAAUAUAACAACAGAAACUAGGCAGUAGUGACCAUGUUAUGAAAAAAAAAACACUAGAACAAUAGACUCAUUGAAUGAAUAAUAUCUUUAGAUAGAGCAGAGGUGUCAAACUCAUUUAAGAUCUGAACCACAUGAGAAAAAUCUACUCCCAAGUGGGCCAGUCUUGUAAAAUCACGGCACAAUAACUUCAAAAUGAAGACAACUUUAGUUUGUUUUCUUUGUUUGAAAAUAGAACAAGUACAUUCUGAAAGUGUACAGAUCAUAAUGUUGUCGGGUUUCUUUUUACACUUACAUGUUGCGGUUAAUAGUAUUCUUUCUUUGUCGUUAUUUAUACUUUUUGAAUAAAUGAUGUGAUAAUGUUCAUCAGUCAACUCAUUGGUGUUAAUUUUUAAUCUAUCAAGAUAAAACAAUUAUAUCAAGUUUAAAAUUGCAGUAGGUUAUUUUUGUAGUUUGCUCAAUUUCCUCGACUGGUGCCCUAAAAUGUGGUUUAUAUUUUACUUAUGUGGCAUCAUCUACAAAGAUACAAAUAAUUGCUAUUGCGACAUCUAAUGGACACAUUUAAAACAGUUUCUUUCAUUCAAAUAUUUUGGAUCAUUUUUAUACUUAGCAAACUCAUCCCGCGGGCCAGUUAAAACCGUAUGUUUGACACUCCUGUCUUAGAGUAUGAGUCGAAACAAUCCAAAUUAGGUAUAGUUCUGUCGUGUCAUAGUCAAGUCACUCAAAUAUGUCAGUCUUCCACUGAUUUGAUGGAAGUGGGACACAUGCAUGAUAAAGUGAUCUUCACUAGGCCUUUACAACUACACUCCUUUUAGAAAGUCUGUCAUGAGAUAAGGAACAUAUUUUAAGCAAGGUGUGUCCAAACUUUUUCCGGUGAAAGCCGCAUGGGCACAAAACCAAUGCAAUGUAUUUCCAAACUGUCUGAACUAAUAAACAUCCACAUUUUAGCUUUAUGGGGUUGGUAACAAAGCAAAUUAGUGUAAUAUUUAAUCCAAUCUUCUUGUUAAAGUACUAACGAUAGUCCCACACACACACUAAGGUGUGGUUAAAUUGUCCUCUGCAUUGACCCGCCCCCAUGUUCACCCUCUGGAAGGUGAGGGAAGCAGUGAGCAGCAGCAGUGGCUGUGCCCGGGAAUCAUUUUGGUGAUUCAACCCCCAAUUCCAACUCUUGAUUCUGAGUGCCAAGCAGGGAGCCAAAGGGUCCCAUUUUUAUAGUCUUUGGUAUGACUCAGCCUUCCAGUUACAGGGCGGACACUAACCACAAGGCCACUGAUCAGUUCAGUUAUCAUUCUUAAUAUUAUGACCUUUUCAAUGUCUUAAGCUCACUCGGAAACUUACCUUAUCGUGCAAGAAAUGUGUACAUGUUCAUCAUGACAGGACACCAAAAAUCACAAGUAUUGAACCCAAGGCCUGGGGGCCAGAUGUGAACCAAGAGGCUCAAAAUAAUGUACGCCAAUAAAGCACUUACUGGCUCAAUACGUUCGCUCUUUAAAUUUUGGCACAAUACAACAUACUGAACGCACUUACAUUUGUAUAUAUUUAUACCAUGAAUUGAUUAACGUGGACCCCGACUUAAACAAGUUGAAAAACCUUUUCGGGUGUUACCAUUUGGUGGUCAAUCGUACGGAAUAUGUACUGUACUGUGCAAUCUACUAAUGAAAGUUUCAAUCAAUUAAUCAAUCAAUCUUCCAAACAUUAUUAUUAUUAGUAUCUGAUAAUGCAACAGUAUUUUUCUUUUGGUAAUCCCAAACUAAUACCUAAAUAUCUGCUUGCCGUCUAGACUAUGAUUUCCAAGCAUGUUUUCCAUCAAUCUGUGGUUAAAAAGUACAAUAAACACAAUAGCCUCUGCAGAUGUUAUAAAAAGCCUAUUAGACAUUUAUGUUCACAUACAUUCACUGUUACAAGCGGAUUGAUUGAUUGAUUGAAACUUUUAUUAGUAGAUUGCACAGUUCAGUACAUAUUCCGUACAACUGACCCCUAAAUAGUAACACCCGAAUAAGUUUUUCAACUUGUUUAAGUCGGGGUCCACGUUAAAUCAUGGUAAACCUCUGAGGCAGCUAUAAUCGUGAUGUGGCCCUCGAAAAAAUACGAGUUUGACACCCUUGCAAUAGAUCGAUGCACAAGUCGGCUAUUUAGGUUUUCAGUUUACAAAUUUGGCGGGAUUUGCGGCAAUUCUUUUAUAAAAAACAUUUAUUUGCGUAAUGUUCUAAUCCCGGGAUUGUUUAUUUUGUUUUAGGAAUGUGUCGCGGACACAUAUAUGUUAGUCAAUUAUUUAACUCACUGAUAUCAGUUUUGACUUUAUAUGCUGCCAGCGUCUGCAGGACAUGAAUCUUCCAAAAUAUUACAACUAGCUGUCAGUAUGAUACAAACUACUACAUAUAGUUGAAUUAAUUUAAUAUUUUACAGUGUCAAAACAAAUUCGUAAUAUAGUUUGUGUUGAGUCUUGUGCACUUUAUGUUGUACAGAAAAUAACAAUUCAAGUAUGUAAACAAGGUUUCACACUACAGUGCACUUUCACCAACUCACCACCAGGGGCUUGCAGUUCAAUUUAAAAUGGCUUUUUUUUUUUUUUUACUGUGCUUCCUUCACAGGAGGCCCAUUGAAGAUGCUGUUGUGUCCAGGUCAUUGAACACACCAUCAGAAGUCAAAUACUGUAAGUACCUUUUUCUUUAAUCCACACAAAAUGUACUUAACUCUAAGGUAAGUGGAGUAUUUUUUUUCUCUAUUUUCUGUGUUUGUACCAUUUUGUCCAACAAAAUAUGUGAAUAAAAUAUGAAAGUUAAUUAGAA